AUGGACUUUUCCAGGCCCAGCUGCAGCCCCUGGAGGUGGUUUACCCUUAUAGCCAGUUUGCUGGCGUGGGGGAUUUGCCCAGACUCACUCACAGGAGUGGAGAGUUACCGGACCGUUCUGACCCUAGAAAAUGUCCCAGAAGAUGUCCUGGAGUACAGCUAGUACCAGGGCAUGGACAACAGUACAGGAAACAUGAUUUUCAGCUAUAAACCUCUAAACCGACACCCUGGACCACUGUACACUGGUCAUGAGACUAUGGCCCAUUCAGGUUGCCUGGUGAUCAGGAGGCCAGUGUUAAAUGGCACAGGUUACUAUACUGUUGAGAUGGACACUGGCAACAUGACCCAAAGAGUGUCUGGCUGGCUAAGAGUCUAAGAGAGACGGCAGGCAUUCUGGGCAUCUCAACAACCCAGUGUCCUGGUGGAAGGCAUGGAGUCUGUGGUUGCCAAAUGUCUUGCCAACUCCUCCAACAUCAAGUGGUAUGUGAAUUCUGUACCAACUUCAGUCAAUAACCGCAUGACGGUCUCCCCAGAUGGCAAGACUCUGGUCGUCCACAGGGUCAGUAGCUAUGGCUGAAAUCUUCAGUGUACCAUAGGAGAUCCAAGAAAUACUUCAGAGAAAAGUAUAGUUGUGGUCUCCUGCCCUGUCUCUACACAUGGGCCAGACUAUGUAUCACUGUGGACCCGGCCUGAUGUCUUCCAUGGUGUGCUAACUGCUGUUCCUGGCUCCAGUAUGCAGCAGCUGGAAUGUACCUGUUUCUCCAGGCCAGAACCCAAGUACCACUGGAUCCAUAAUGGCUCUCUCCUAAGUGUCUCAGAGGAUAGCAUGACCCUCCCCAGUCUGUCCCGGUAGCAAGUGAGCAGUUACCGAUGCACUGUGGAGAACCCGGAGACCCAGCUGGCCUCCUGCAGAGAGGCUACCAUCCAGCCACCUUGGCCACUGCCUGAUGUCCACAGAGAGUUCUACAUCUCAGGAUCUUUGGUAAUAUUUCUCAUCACAUUGGCUUCCCUGGGAAGUGCCUACAUCCAUGGAACCCUGGUCUACACCCUGAUCAUAUUCCGUUACAUCAGGUGAGUUUCUCAGUCGGAUGACAGACUGUGUGGAGCAGAAAGAAGAUUUGCUUCAGGUUGCAGCCCUGACUCCCUCAGUGAUGACUGUCAUCUGCGACUGUCACCUGAGACAAACCCUCUCCUCCCUACGUUGUUUUGGACUGGAUGUUACAUCACAGCAAUAGAAGUGAUACUUGGAAGGAGAGACCGGGCAUAAGAGUUCAUGGCAGACCUAGAAGACAUCGCAGCCAGACAAGGAGGUGAAGGAGAGACAAGGGAGAACGAGUCUUCCAUGGGUACCAGCUGAACUGGACCAGCACAGGGUAACUCUGGAGGAAUAUUCUGGGGAGGGAAUCAUCUGAGUCUCAGUAAGACGA